AUGCCCUGUCCCUGUCCCCACCACAUCCAAUCCCUCCUGUCCCUCCUCCCACAAAAGUCCCAACCCACAUUCCUCUUCAGCCUCAUCCCGUCCUUGACCCAGCCCCUCCACGAUGCCAGCCAAUCUAUCGAAUCCUGCAAACACCCGCACCCCACGCUGGUGAGUUCUAUCGUCCUACUUUCGGAAUUCACCUUAUCCCUCUGCCAAUCCGCCUGCGUCGCCUACAACCUCACGGACCAAGACACGCCCCAGCCCCUAGCGGCCGCCACACCGCCCAGCUCCCGUUCCAAUGCCGGCUGCUCCCCGACCACGGCCUCCUGGACCUGCACAAAAACCCUCAUGGCGCUGGGACAACUAACCCUGGAUGACGAGGAGGAGGGCCUGCUCGCCCGCCGGAUCGUCUACACUGUGUUGACCAAUCUCAGCGCCCUGCUGCGCACUGUGUAUCUGCGCGAAGGUCAGGACACCAGCACCCCGACGCGUGCAGGGAACGGGAAUGCGAAUGCAAAUGCUAUUGCCACUGCAGCGAUCAAUGGGCUCUUUGACCUCGACCCAGUGGCUGCGUCGUCAGUGCCGCAGACGGCGGCACUGUACGGGCGGGAGGCUGACGGGCCCGUCAGUGGGACGCUGUCGAGGGUGCUGGCACUGUUGGGGAAGUUGUUUUCGGAAUAA